UACUUUGCAUUUGCUAGAGUGCCAGCUUCAAGAUGGAAUACGGAAACUCCAGCAGGUGGUUUCAAAUGCAGAAUUUCAAAAAAGGGAAAUGAAGCAAAGACAAACCAUGUUGGAAAGAGAGCUUCAUUCUGACAGUUCAGGACAGACCGAAGAGGCCAUAGCCCAGAGCAGCAGGAUAUGUGAACUCCAAGAAGGGCAACAGGAGAGCCAGAAGCAUGCAGUAACAACUAAAAUAAUCCAAGAGUUUCAAGAGGAGGAACAUAUAAACAAGAAAGAAGUAACAUUGUUAAGAGUAAAUGCUGACCAGCUGGUUUUGACUUUAAAGGAUCAAGUGCAAAACAUUACAGAUUUGUAUGAAAAAAUUCAGGAGUGCAAGAUGGAAAGCCAAAAGCUGGAGGCAGGAUUAGUAAGAAAAAUCCAGGGACUUCAAGAACAACAGGGUGUUCAGAAGCAGAAGUUCCAGGCAUUAGAGGAAGAGAAGCAAAUACUAGAAUCCACACUUAGAGAGCAAAUUCAAGAAGUCCAGGCAAGAGAAUUUGAGAGGAAAAUCCAUGUAGCAGUUUUAGAAGAAAAAAAUCAAAAGCUACAGAAAAAAGAGAUGCAGAGACAGGAAGAAGAUGCUGCUUUGAAAGAGAAAAUUGAGGCAAGAGAUACAGAAAGGCAGGUAAUGGAGCAAAUAUUGAAAGAAAAUACUGUGGAGUUUCAGAUACGGGAGAAAGAGAGACAAAUGCAAGAGGCUGCAUUAAUGAAACAAAUUGAAGAGCUUCUUGAAAAAGAAUGUGUGAGCCAGGCUGAGGAAUCAGUGUUAAGAGAAAAUGAGGGUCGUCUCAAUGUUGAAUUGCAACAACAAGAUAGAAAGAUUAAAGUGCUUCAGGAGCAAAUUAGGAAACUUCAGCAGUGUGGCACAGAAAAGGAGUCACAAGAGUCAAUAUUAAGGACUAGAAUUCAAGAACUUCAAGAAGAUGAGCAAAUGAGACAAAAACAAUUAGAGAUGUUGGAAUGGAACAAAGAUAAUUCAAAGCUUCUUUUGCAGAACAGGGAUCAAGAAAUCAAAAUUUUACAGGAGAAAAUUCAAGAACUGCAGGGACAGUUGAGGGAGAACCAAAGGAAAGAGGUAGUGCUGAAAGAGGAUAUAUGUACACUUGGGGAGAAGGAGGCAGAGAGCCAUGUACAAGACGUAGCUCUGAGAAGAGAAAUCCAGGAACUUCAAGAAAGAGAUAAGAUGAUGCAGGCAAAACAAAUUGCAGAAAAAAGGCAAAUCCACUUACUUCAAGAACAGUGCACUGAGAUACAAGAGCAAGUGAAACACUUUCAGCAGCUUGUAGACGAGAAGCAGAAACAGGAAAUUCUUUUGAGACAGAAUAUUCAAGAACUGCAGGUGCAAAACAGAGAGAUACAGACUCGUAAGACAGAGCUGGUAGAGAUAAUUCAGAAACUUCAAGAACAAGACACAGAAAGAGAGAGGAAAGAAGCAGUCUUGAUAGCUAAACUAGAUUGUCUCAGUUUAACACUGAGAGACAAGUGUGAUGAGAUUGAACUGCUUCAAAAACAAGGAAAGGAUUUCCGUGGACAUAAUACUCAGACGCAAGAACAAAAAUUCAAGGAGGAAGAAAAAGACUGGAAUAGGUGUGAUGAUGUGUUGAGAGAGACAGUAGAGCAACUGAGUUUGCAGCUGAGAGAAAAAGGCAGGGAAAAUGAAGUGCUAUUUAAAAAAAUCCAAAAGUUUAAGGAGCGUGAAACAGAGCAAGACGUGAAAGAAACCACACUAAGAGACAGAAUACGUGCAUUUCAGAUGCAAGAGAAAGAGCAACAAAAUCAGGAAAUCCUUCUGAGAGAGAAAAUCCACCAGCUGCAGCUUCAAGAAGUUAAGAGACUGGCACAGGAGGCAGCACUGAGGGAGAAAAUCAGACAGCUUCAGGAGCAGGAAACAGAGAGGGAAAAACAGGUGUCCACAAUGAAGGCAACAAUUUCUUAUCUAAAUAAACGAGAAACUGAAAGGUUACUGCAGGAAGCAGCUCUAAGAGAAGAAAUACAGCAGUUUCAUCAGCAAGAAGAAGAGAGACAAAUGCAGGAAUCUGCAAUGAGAGAGACCAUUUCUGAGAUGAAAAAACAAGAAGCUGUUUUAAAAGAGAAAGUGCAACAAUUUCAUCAGCAGGAAAGAGAGCGAGAAAAUCAGGAGGCAGCAAUGAAAGAGACAAUUUCUGAUCUAAAAAAACAUGAAACAGAGAGACUGACACUAGAGACAGCUAUGAAAGAAAAACUCUACCAACUUCAGCAGCAAGAAGUGGCAAGGCAGAAAGAUGAAGCUGACCUGCAAUGCACUGUAGACAAUUUGAAUGCAGAUCUGAAGAACAGAGUCAGAGAGAUUCAUGUGCUUAAAGUCAAAAUACAGGAACUUCAGGAAGACAAAAGAGGCUGGCAAAGAGAGGAGACAGCCCUGAGAGAGAAAUUAAAUAGUAUUCAGGAGUUGGAGACUCAAAGACUGUCACAAGAAGCAGAAAUGAGAGAAAAAAUACAAGAAUUUCAGCAGCAUGAGAUAGACAGACAGAGACAGGAGACAUCACUGAGAAACCAAAUUCAACAACUCCUUGAACAAGAUAGAGAGAGUCAAAAACAAGAAGCAGUCCUGAAUGAGAAUCUGAAUACUUUAAAUUUACAGCUAAAGGAUCAUGCUAGAGAGAAUGAAAUGUUGAAAAAGAAAGUGCAGGAGUUGCAGGAACAUGAGAGAGAGAGCCAUAGAAAUAAGAUGGCUCUGCAAGAAAAAAUUCAGCAACUUCAACAGUGUUUGGCACACAUCCAGGUAGAUGAGUCAAAGCUUACUGCAAUUAUUCAAGAGCAAGAAUGUGAGAGAAAGAGGCAGGAAAAAUUGAUGACUGAAAAACUUCAAAAGCUUCAGGAACAAAACAGUGAAAGACAAAAAGAGGAGGUUGCACUAAAACAGACAAUUGAGAAACUUCAUCAGAAUGAGGAAGAAGCACGAACAUUGGAAGAGGCACUACAAAAGCAAGUUCUAGAAAUGCAAGAGCAAGAGAGAAAACAUAAAAUAACUGAGACAGAGCAGAGGAAGGCAAUUGCACAACUGCAAGAGCAAGAAACAAACUAUCAAAGACAAGAGGCAGUACUUAAGGAACAAAUGAGUGAACUACAAGAGCAAGACAGAGAGAGACAGAAACUUGAGACAGCGCUGAGAGAAAAGUGUGAUCAUCUAAAUUCAGCACUAGGGGACAAAAGCAGAGAGAUUGAAAUGCUUCUUGAAAAAAUCUGUAAACUUGAACAGAAUGACAGAGAGAGAGACACACACGAAGUGGCACUGAAGGAAGAAAUUAGACUGUUGCAGAUGAAAGAAGAGGAAUGGCACGCACAAGAAGCUGCAUUGAAGGAGAGCAUUAUUCAUUUAAAUUUGCUUCUGAAGGAAAAAGAGAGAGAAUUUGAAAUUAUGUCACAAAAACUAAAAGAUCUUAAAGAGUUGGAAACAAAACAUAAGUCAGUGGAGGCAGCAUUACGAGAAACAAUAGAAACAUGCAAGGAACAGGAAGUGGAGAGACAGGUUAAAGAGGCAGAAAUGAUGGAGAAAAUUACACGUCUUCAGGAUCAAGAAACAAACAGGCAAGCUGUAGAGAGAGAACUCAGAGAAAUUAUCCAAAGUCUCAAGGAAAAAGAGAAAGAAAGAGAAGUUGAGGAAGCAAAGCUGAAGAAGAAAGUCCAAGAUCUGCAGGCACAAAUCAGAGAGAAACAUGCCCAUGAGUCAGAACUGUGGGAGAAAAUCAAAGAUCUUCAGCAGCAGGUGAGAGCAAAACAAGAUCAGGAAGUGGAACUAAGGGACAAAAUUCAGGAACUUCAGGAAAUAGAGACUGAAAGACAUGCACAAGAAGUGGCAGUGAAAGAGCAUGGUGAUCUUUUGAAUUCAAUGUUGAAGGAGAGAGAUAAAGAAACUGAAAUGAUGCUAGAAAAAAUCAGGGAACUUCAAGAGUGUUUGAAAGAACAACAGACAGAGGAACGGGCUCUCCGAAAGCGUAUCCAAGUGCUUCAGGAGCAAGAAAAAGAAAGACAAACACUGGAGAUAACAUUAAAGAAGACAGUUUGUGAAUCUGAAGGAAAGGAAAAAAUAGCACAAGAAUGUGAGAAGACACUUAGAGAAACCAUUAUUGAACUUCAGAAACAGGUAAGGGAAAGAGAGAUGCAAGACAUUGCACUAACGAAGGAUAGGAAAUGCUUGUUAUCAUCAUUGAAGGAUAAAGACCAAGAAAAUGAAAUGCUAAAAAAAGAGAACCAGAGUAUUAAGAGGCAGGAGGAAGAGAGGCAGUCUCAGGUUCUGGCUCUUCAAGCAUCAUUAGAGCACCUUCACGUUGUCCUACAGAGGACAGAAGGCGAAGAGAUUGAGUGGAGGCAGAAAGCUCAGGAACUUUCAGUCUCCUUGACAGAAUGCAAAACAGCCAUCUCAGAACUGGGAGAAGAAAAGGCAUCUCUGCAGAGAUUGUUAACACAGAGAGAAGAGCAACACAGAUCACUACAGGAGCAGCUGGAGAGUGCUGUUCAAGCCCUUGAAAAAGCAAAGGUAGAGAAAAGAGCGCUGACGGGAAGAAUCAAAUGUUUGCAGAAAGAAAGAGAUGGUCUACAGAUGCAGGUCAUUCAUAAACAGCAGGAGCAUAUUGCUGAACGACAACUUAUGUCAGAAACCAAAAAGGAAGAGAGACUUCUGCUUCAGGAAAGGCUGAACACCCUGCAGCGAGCUGUAGCACAACUGGAACUAGAAAAACGAGAGGUGGAACAAGAGGCAUCAAAGCUGAAUUUGGAUAAAAGUUUAUUGAAGAAGACACUGGAACGGGUCGAAAAUGAACGGCAGAAACUGAAAGGUGAAAUUAGUGGGCUGAUGGUAGAGAGAUCCAGCUUACACCAAAGCAUCUCAGAUCUAGAGAAACACAAGGAUCAUUCACAGCCAGAGCCAGUAAGGUUAAAGCAUCAGCUUUGGGAAGCAGAACAGUCAAAAGAGAUGUCGGACCAUUUCAUACAGUUGUGGAAGGACAAAGCAAAUAGGCUGAAUGCCAGCGAAAUUCUCCACAAGCAACGGAUCGAAGAACUAGAAGAACAGGUUGCUAUCUUAAAGAAGCAGUUGUCUACUUUGAAGAGACAAAAACAGGAAUAUAUCCGAAGAUGUGCUGUGAACAGUGAACAGAUCUCUGACCUGCAUCGUGAUCUUUCUGACUCCUUGGCUACCGUUUCCCAUGACCCUAAGCCAGCAGUCCUGGAAUCUGAGACCCGACGUCUAGAUGACUCAUUAAAUCAGAGCUUUGCAGCUGGCAUUUUUCUGUCAGGCUCCACCUCUUGGGAUCAAACUGCAAGUCCAUCAACAGAGAUGGGACCUGUUAGUUCUACACCCAGGGUGGAUUACACAAGAAAAACUGCAUCUCGGUAGCAAACACAUUAGAGUUAUUACAGAUCUUUAUUUUCUCUUGGAAGCAUGUUACAUUUCAUUCUAAAUCCUAUUACUUAUGAAAAUAUACCUCACUGCCGCUGCUUUAUUUGCUUUCUGUGAAACGUUAAAAUAAGUGUCAGAUAUAAUGUUUGCUUUUAUGACUUGAAUGCCUUUAAUGAUUAUCUAGACUAUAGCCAUCAUAUGACAGUCAGCAGUUGUUAUAGUUUCUCCUUAGCCGAAUGGUUACAGUAGCUGACAGAGAGAAUGGGCCCGUACAUACAUCCUGUCACUGUUGAUGGUGCCUCUUUUGUUAUGUCAAUGGAAUAGAAGUAGUAAACCCAGAUCUGCAGAAAGAGUUCUACCUUCUACUUCUUGUCAUGUAUCCAUGAUUUGCAUUUUAUUUUUCAAGUAUAGUUCUCUUCUGUUAUUAUUUACUGGCUUAAUUAAGAAAUGGAACAAGUAAGCAGGAAUCUGGCUUUGAUCUGUUACCUGGACCAGAUACGCAGGCAUGUUUACUUCUUACGAAGUAUUGUAGAUAUCUUAUUGGCUUUCUGUUUCAUUUUUUAUUACAGUUAUUUAAUAUGCAAGUCUGGUAGAGCAGUGCAGUCUACAGACCUGGAAAUUUAGACUGAAUAGUCUUGAUAUAUCUAUCAUAUAAGUGUUAUGAAAGACAUGGGUUUAAAUCUUAGUAGAUCCAUCAGAUAAAACUUAAGGAAGACGUGGGUUUAAUCAGCACAUCUUCACUGGUGGCCACCAUAAUAUUCCCAUGCCUCUAAACAAAAGGGGGUCCCUGUCUCUAGUGGGCUUUACUCAGUUAAAUUUAAAUACAUUUAGAAUGAGGAGGUAUCAGCUCCUAGGCUCAUGAUAAGCACACACACUUUGCAAAACAGCAUAGAACUAAAUGUGGAAAAAUUCAGAUCUGAAAAUAUGCAGAAAAUAGUAGUUGUCCUUUUUCAUAAUUGCUACUCUUACAAUUCCUCAUCUAUAAUUAUAAGAAAAUGAGACAAGCAAUCCUGUUCCCCGAGAAGUCAGUUUAUUUGCAGAUUAAAGUUACAAAAUGUAGUGUUGUGAAAUAUAAUCACAUAUUUGUUUGUUCAGUGAUUUUUAGCCAGCAUAUGAAUCGUCAUUUUUCAGUAUUGGUGUGUGUGUGUGUGUGUGUGUGUGUGUGUGUGUGUGUGUGUGUGUGUGUGUGUGUGUGUGUGUGUGUGUCUGUGUCUGUGUGCUGCAAUGGGCUAUCAUUAUAUACAUGAUAUAAUUCUUCUGCUUUGCAGAUUACUGAAUUAGGCACUGAACUGGAUUAAACAGGUAGUCAGAGAAUGAAUGAAUAAAAGUAAAUUACUUGCAGUUUUCUAUUUAUGGUGAAUAUUCUGUAUUAUUAACUCUGCAGUAAAUUUUAAGCAAUAUAAUUGAAAGUUUAAGCAUGUACCAGCAUUGUUAGCAGUUGAGAAUAUUCAGGUGUUUAAAAAGUGAUUCUCCUUUCCAAAAUGUUACAUAUUUAACUUGCUUAAAUUAUAAUGCUUUACUGAUGUUAAAUUAUAUUUUACAUCUGUAAUUGUUUUCUGAAGCAUCCACAUGUAAACAUCCCAAGAGCUCAUACUCUACAGUGUAUAGUAAAGAGUAGUUCUGGUCAACAGUAAGAAAACACACAUCACUGGUUUUCUAGAAUUGCCAGUAUAGAAUGCUAAAAAUAAUUUCCUGCAUUGCUCUACAGUAGUACAGCUCUCCUACACUACUAAGGAAGCUGUACAGUUGUUCUGCCUACCUUCUAGUAGUGGUCUCCUAACAGCUAACAGCAGAAUUAAUUGAAAUGCAUGCUUGUCAUAAAAGAAGCCACAGUCAGGCAUUGCAGGACCUGUAACAGACUGUAUUCUUGAAUACUGACAAUUCCUGAAGACCAGUGCAUUUCCAGUCUUAUCAAAUAGGAUUGAUGUUCUUCGUGUUUCAGUGUUGCAGUCAUCACAUUAGGGUUAUCUGGCU